AGUGGUCUGCAGUGGUACACAGCCCUGCAGCACCACGUCCACCUGGCAUUGCUCACUCACUCGCACCACAUUGACGGCCACCGUGAGAAGCCACACAUAAAAAACGUUUUCUUUUUAAAUCCAGCUGUCAAAGGACCUUCUACCAAGAAGCAACUAUGCGUGAAUGCAUCUCCGUCCACGUGGGCCAGGCUGGUGUCCAGAUGGGAAACACCUGCUGGGAGCUCUACUGUCUGGAACACGGCAUCCAGCCGGACGGCCAGAUGCCCGACCACAAGCCCGUGGGAGGCCACGACGACUCCUUCACUACCUUCUUCAGUGAGACCGGGGCCGGGAAGUACGUCCCCAGGGCGAUCUUUGUUGACCUGGAGCCAACUGUCAUUGAUGAGGUGCGCACAGGCACGUACCGCCAACUUUUUCACCCGGAACAGCUGAUCUCAGGCAAGGAAGAUGCAGCCAACAACUACGCCCGUGGACACUACACCAUCGGCAAAGAGAUCAUUGACUCUGUCCUAGACAGAAUCCGCAAACUGGCGGAUCAGUGCACAGGUCUUCAAGGUUUCCUGGUCUUCCACUCCUUUGGUGGAGGCACUGGCUCAGGUUUCACCUCCCUGCUGAUGGAGAGACUCUCUGUUGACUUUGGCAAAAAGUCGAAGCUUGAGUUCGCCAUCUACCCGGCCCCUCAGGUUUCCACCGCGGUGGUGGAACCUUACAACUCCAUCCUGACCACACACACCACCCUGGAGCACUCCGACUGCGCCUUCAUGGUGGACAACGAGGCCAUCUACGACAUCUGCCGCAGGAACCUUGAUAUUGAACGGCCAUCAUACACCAACCUGAACAGGCUGAUCAGCCAGAUUGUGUCUUCAAUCACAGCCUCGCUUCGCUUCGAUGGAGCCCUGAAUGUUGACCUGACGGAGUUCCAGACCAACCUGGUGCCUUACCCUCGUAUCCACUUCCCUCUGGCCACCUACGCUCCGGUCAUCUCUGCAGAGAAAGCCUACCACGAGCAGCUGUCUGUUGCUGAGAUCACCAACGCCUGCUUCGAGCCAGCCAACCAGAUGGUCAAGUGUGAUCCCCGUCACGGCAAAUACAUGGCCUGCUGUCUGCUCUAUCGUGGCGACGUGAUGCCCAAAGACGUCAAUUCCGCCAUCGCCGCCAUCAAGACCAAACGCACCAUCCAGUUCGUGGACUGGUGUCCCACAGGCUUCAAGGUGGGCAUCAACUAUCAGCCUCCCACGGUGGUUCCAGGAGGAGACCUGGCCAAGGUGCAGAGGGCCGUGUGCAUGCUGAGCAACACCACCGCCAUCGCUGAGGCCUGGGCCCGUCUCGACCACAAGUUCGACCUCAUGUACGCCAAGAGGGCCUUUGUGCACUGGUACGUUGGGGAGGGCAUGGAGGAGGGAGAGUUCUCAGAGGCCAGAGAAGAUAUGGCUGCCCUGGAGAAGGAUUACGAAGAGGUUGGGAUCGACUCCUUCGAAGAGGAUGAGGAAGGGGAGGAAUAUUAGAUGGAUUUGGCCAUUAGCUAAUUAUUUCAGGGGGGGGGGCAAAGGAGUAUUUUAUUACGUAGACAAUUUUUAAGCAAUACCGCAAAUUUUUCCUUUAAAGUUUAGAAGAAUUCUUGACCCUACCUGAGAGAUUUUCUUUUUGUGUAAAUUUACAGCGGCUUUAUUCAUUUGUUUUAUCAAAAUGACUUUGUUCAAUAACCUGUUUGAAAACAGUGUGGUUACUUAAUAAAUGUGUCCCCAAAACACA